CGUGACUACCAGCCACUGAACUUGGCCGGAAAUCCUUCUACAGAGCAGAUAACAGAAGACGCAACGAUUAAUCUAUCACACAGAACGGUCUAAUUACCGUUAUAUCAAGACUAUAACAAGGUCACAUCGCAAGAUGCGUGAAUAUCCGACAAGUGGGUAGUUUAUCACUGCGGAGCUACUGGUCCGCAGCAAGGAUACGGAGUCUAAUGACCCCCUAUUGGGCGAGUUCGGAUGGGCCUUAUCUAGUCACAUAUGAUGUGUAAGUAAUAUUCUGAUAUCGAUUUCAUACAUAAUGACCGCCUCUUGUAUCGAAUAUUGAUCGAGGGCCCAAGCAAAAACGAAGGUAUUAUUUUUGAGUAUUCCUCAUGUCGUAUUGAGAACGAAUUUCCCAAGCGACACAUAGUGCACAUAUCAAGAAACAAUGGCAUCAUCCCGAAUCCGUGUGGCUGUCACGCAAGCCGAGCCGGUUUGGUUGGACCUCAAGGCGACAAUCCAGAAGACUUGCAAACUCAUUAAAGAAGCCGCAGAGAACGGCGCACAGAUGGUAGCAUUCCCAGAAUGCUGGGUACCGGGUUAUCCGUGUUGGAUUUGGACUCGCGCCCUGGACUUCGACCUGAACGUCCAAUAUGUCAAGAACUCGCUGCGCCUAACAUCCCCCGAGAUGUUAAUGAUCCGGUCCUGCGCGCGCGAGAACUCCAUCGCCGUUUCCAUGGGGUUCUCGGAGAACGACGACGAUUCUCUAUACAUUGCCCAGGUGCUGAUUGGCAGCAACGGUGAGAUUAAGUUGCACAGGCGCAAGAUGAAGCCGACGCACUUGGAGCGCACUAUCUUUGGGGAUGCAUCGGCUCAGUGUCUUGACGUCGUGGGCCAACUACCCUUUGCGAGAGUUGGCCAGCUGAGCUGUUGGGAGCAUACGCAGCCGCUGCUCAAGUUCAACGCCAUGGCCCAGCGAGAGCAGAUUCAUGUCGCAGCGUGGCCAAGCCUGACGCCCCACUCGGGUGUGGAAGGUAAGGAUCUGUGGUCGAUGAGUGCCGAAGGCUGUCAGGCUCUCUCAGCCGUCUACGCCAUCGAAGCAUCAGCCUUCGUUCUCCAUAGCACCGCCCUGAUCACAGCUGAGGGCGUCAAAGUUCUGGGUACAGCCGGCGGGCCCCUUAUGUCCUCGCCAGGAGGUGGAACUUCGGCCAUCUUCGGGCCUGAUGGACGACGGUUGACACAGCCACUGGGCGAUACCGAGGAAGGCAUUCUGUAUGCCGAUCUGGACAUGGAUGAGAUUGUUAGGAUCAAAGGCUUCGCCCACUGCACGGGGCAUUACAGCAGGCCGGAUCUGAUGUGGCUGGGUGUGGACCGAAACUUGAAGAAGCUGGUCAAGGGAGCAGGAAGUGCAUCAGAGGGCCUAGUGGUCGAGGAAGAGGAGAAAGAGAAGGGCACGGAUGAUUUUGUGUUUUUUGAGCGCGCAUGAUGUUGACAUUAGUGAUCUAUAACCGUUGCAGCAAUGGCUUUCAAUUCUGACUCAGAGAUUUUGA